CGAGAAGGUGACAUAAUCAGCAUCCAUCUCUUCUUUAUAGUGUGUUCGUGAUGCAUACUAGCACUGCGGCGAGUUGUGCACUCUGUGGAUGAUGCACUCUAAGGGUCUUACUUUCUUGUGCUCGUAUCCCGUCACCUGCCAUAACCAAUCGUGGGAUUCCUGGUCAGUUGCCGAUAUCCGUCAUCCAGUAGUGGUGGGCAUGCUCCAUGCGAAUCUGCUCUCUUGCAAGUGGAAGCCUGUCCCGAGAGUUCAAGUGGCGACUGUCCUUACCAGACGACUCCUUCUCGAUUGGGCAGACUCUGAAUUCGAUGCAAUGAGUGCUAUUGAUAAGGCGAAGUACAACUUAACAGCAAUGAGGAAUCGGAAGGACAUCAUCAAUCAAGUAGACCAUCUUGGGCUCCGGGGAAGCCAUGCUUUUACUUGA